AUGGCCCGAAAUGUGCAACGACCCAUUUCUGCCACAACAGUCUUCUUAGACCAACCGCCAAGCUGCCUCGAAUUCUGUCCGGAGAUCCCAGACCAUUUUGUGGUGGGCACCUACCUCCUAUCAGAAACAAAGAAUGCCGAUGGGGAGACCCAGCAAAGCAAGACUGGGAGUGUGCAGCUCUGGAAACUUGACCCCAACACGAACUUUUUAACUCAAGUCCAAAAACUAGCGCUGCCAUACGCGGUUUUCGAUCUUCAUUUCCACCCCAGAGAUAGGAACAAAUUCGCCAUUGCAAGCAGCACAGGUGCAGUUUCCCUAUUCGGUAUCUCUGGCUCUGCAGAGCCAACUAUCAAUCCAAUCUGGACAAAACAGGUCCACGAGGAUUCUUCCAUCCCAGCUCUUUUCCUUGCCUGGACUCCGCAAAACUGGCUCUCUCAAUCCAAAGCAGACGGGUUCGCGGUCACUUUCUCCGAUAGCCGAACAACAGUCUUUGGCACGGAAAGUCCCAUCACAGAGGAGGACAUGAUCACAGAAUGGGGUUCGUUUGAGGCUAAACAGAUGAUCGAGGUUUGGUUCGUCGCGCUCGCUGCUGUGCAAGGUGUAUUCUCCGAGCCGAAGGGUAUAAUCCCCUUUAUGUUUACGGGGAAUGACUUUGGAUCCUUACAUACGCGCCGGUUCGAACAACAUGGUGAAGAGCCGCGUGAUCCUGAAGAGCCGCUUGCGCCGAUGCUACUCGAACAUGAUGACCGGGCUCGUCAUCACACGGCGGGCGUGACGAGUAUUCUGCCUCUUCCUAUUCCGAUGGUGGAUGAUGGUCCGGUUUUGCUGACUGGAAGCUAUGACGAGGGUUUGCGAGUGUAUCAUGCUACACGACGUGGUGAAGUGCUCGCUGAAGAGGGUCUCGGUGGUGGGGUAUGGAGGCUGCAAUUGCUAAACUCAGAGGAAGCCGGCUCUGCUGGCUCGGGGCUUGUGGAGAGACGCUUUUUGGUGCUGGCUAGUUGCAUGCAUGCUGGAACUCGCGUUGUGCGAAUUACUCAGACACAGCAGGAUCAGACUUCGGAGUGGAGCAUUGACGUGUUGGCGGAGUUUACGGAGCAUGAGAGUAUGAAUUAUGCGAGUGAUGUGUGGAAGGGCUCGAACGCCGAAAUAGGAGAUGGAACGUCGGAACUGGUUUGCGUCUCGAGCAGCUUCUACGAUCGUCGUGUGUGUGUUUGGAGAGUGCAGGUGUAG